GGCGUGGAUAAGUAGCUUUACAAUCUUUUAGAGAACCAAAAUAUAACAUCAUUUUUUAAUUUCGUCGAAAUUUGUUCGAAGAAAAAUUUUUGGAAAAUCGAGGAGACGUCGACAAACUGCAGAGUAACUCUGUGACGUUCCAUAAGGUAUUCAGAGACAAACUACAGAACCAUUCAAAGAAAACCAGCAGCAACUCAGAGAAACUUGGCUGCUGUUGGCCCACUGGAUCCGAAAAAACUUUCAAACACUUUCCCCAGAAACUCGCUUUCGGGUGAGCGUUCAUGGUUAGGAGACAAACUUAUCGAUGAACAAAGUUACUGCCGUUUGCCUACAAGAGAAUAUGGCCUUCUUCCAUUUGAACGUGACCUUGCUGAAAGAAAUCUCAGAGUUGCAAAUUACCGACUUUCCAACGAGCGACAAAAGCAAAGAAAUCAAGGAACUAUGGAAACUAGAGAUCAGCAAAACAACACGGAACAUGUGCACGAGGAACCGAUUCAGUCUAGCCCCCGACUGAGCUCGAAAUUACCCUUGGAUCGUCGCAGUAGUGGGGAGGACGGUACGAGAGUCCAUUCUCAUCUUAACGGAAACGCACAUCACCAAGACAACGUUAGCCAAGACAGUAACUCUGAAAACGAAGACAAACAUGGACAUGAGGCAGCCAAUAAUUACACGAGCAGUUCUAAUGUCGAUGACGAUCGUGGUGGUGGUGACGACGAUAAUACUGAUGAUUAUGAUGUCAUUAGCAACAACGAAGAAAGCAGUGAGAACAAAGACGGUGACGUAGUUAAUGACGAUGACAAUGAUGAGAACUGUGAUAAAAACUGUGGAAUUGAAUAUCUUAAUAAUCAUGAAAGUAGCAAUAAUUACGAUGAUGAAGAAAACUUUGCCAGCAACAAUGGUGUUUGUGCUGAGAGUUUCAACAUUCAAGCCCCUCUAUGCCCAAAAGAAGACGAAACUUUUGUGGAGUCAGAUGAAACCGAUGAGUCUCUAACUGAAGAAUUAAACGCCAGCUUGCUAUGUAACUCACAGUGCAGCAUUGGUGAAGACACAGGCAACUCUAGUACUGAGAACAAUGAUGGAAGCGUGGCCAGUAGUAGUAGCAAUAAUGACAGUUCUUGUGAAAAUUCCAACACCAGAAGUGACAAGAAGAAAACUAAAGACCUGCAAAAACCUAGCAGCUAUAGAGUAGGAAAUAAUGGCGAGCUUUCAGUGAAAAGAGAUAGUGAAGCAACAAGUCAAGGAGCAAGACCAAAGAUUCUUGCGAAGAAUCCAGUGUUUUUUAACGCAUUUGAAACAAACUGCCAUAAUGGGAAGAUACCAUCCUUGGAGACAACUGGUAUUAAUCAAAACUUUCUCGCCCGGCACUCAACAGAUCCGAGUCUUCCACAGAGCUCGUUUGCAAAAACUUAUGACAUGCCACCUAGCAACAAGAAUACAAACGAUUGGACUCAACACUCUAUAAGCAGUAAAAGCAGUUCCUCCUCACUUUGGAACCUUCACCGUUCACCGGCUCCAGAAAGAAGUGGGUUGAUGCUAGAGAAUGCAUAUUUCAGGGGGUUGAGUUCAUGGUAUAGAGAUCCAAUGCCAGUGAAUUACCAACCUGUAACACCAAUGACGGGACAGAUCCCCAGCGCCAGUGGCUUCAGCCGAGACGUUGACUCGUUUAACUGGGAUGAAAACCUGCCAAGUAACAAACAUCAAACAGGCUUUUCAAGUUUUGAAGACUUUUUUAUAGGAAAUGAGACUCCGACAGCAUCACCUUUACUUGGAGUCAGACCAUUGGCGCCCGCUGUGAGAUAUCCAACCGUCACCGCACCAAAUUUUCCUACCACCACUUGGCAGUUCUCUUCAAGCACGACUUCAGGAAGUGUAGCCCCAGUUACUUCUACUUAUGAUGUGUUUAGCAGUCAUGAACAAGAACGCGUAGGGGACUUCAACAGGUCCAGGCCCUCCCAAGGAGAUACCCAAGCUAAUAGUGGUUUGACUUCAUCAGAAAUGGUUCAUUCAGAGAGGCGAGAGGAAAGCUUGAGGAGCCAUGGCCCUUUCAAUUAUCAACAGGAAGGUUCUUGUGCUUCAGUAUCGCUCAGGGACCCUUCACUGGUUUCUCUAGAAAAACAAGUGGCUGAAAUCGAUAGAGUUCUUAAAGAGCGAGAAGAGAGGACCAAAAAGCAGAGAGAGGCAGCACAAAGACUUAGGGAUACAAGAGAAAAAAGGCAAAGAGAAGCGAGAGAAAGGAAAGAGAGAGAAGAGACGGAAAGGAGAGAACAAGAAGAGAGAGAAAGGAGGGAAAGGGAAGAGAGAGAGAUGAGAGAAAGAGAAGAGAGAGAAACGAGAGAGAGAGAGGAACGAGAAAAUAGAGAGAGAAUGGAAAGAGAAUUGGAAGAGCGAAGAGAAACGGAAACAAGAGUGAGAGAAGACAGAACCGCAGAAGAGAGCCUUUCACUUCAGGAGACUCCACAAUGGCAGUGUGAACAUUACCAGCGGAGAUGUAGUGUCAAGUUUCCAUGUUGCGGAGUGUUUUAUUCGUGCCACCGCUGUCACAAUUUAUCGGGGACAUGCCCUACUGAUGAUAAGAAGGCACAUCAUGCGACGCAUGUCAAGUGCGGAAAUUGUGGACACGAAGAAGAGAUAAAUGAAGGAAGUCACACCUGUAGACGCUGUGGAAUAAAAAAAUCCGAAUAUUUCUGCCCGAAGUGUAAGCAUUUUACAGGAGUUGAUAAGAACCCCUUUCACUGCGAGAAGUGUGAAAUCUGCCGCAUUUACAAGGACAGAUCAUUUCACUGCGACGUGUGCAAUGUUUGCUUGGACAAGCGACUGGAGGGAAAACACAAAUGUCGGCCGAAUUCAGGACAUGACGAGUGUUGCAUCUGCUUGGAGGACGCGUUUAGCGGUUGUCAGAUCCUGCCAUGCUCACACAAGGUUCACAGGGAGUGUGCCAUUGCAAUGGUACAGAAUGGCGUACGUAAUUGUCCAAUAUGCCGCCACCCUUUGUAUGGACAGCUCCAGCAGUAACUUCAUGAAACAGAGGAUCCAAGCCAAGAUGGCGAAUACAGGCUAGAAUUCUUUAUUACCGAGUGCUUAUACUAUUAGCAUCACGGAAUGUGUACUUUGCGUUGAUUGCCAACUUUUCAUCUAAUGUUGACUGCUGUCACUUAUUUUGUAAUCAAUUUGGAUUCAGCACUAAAAGGAGAAUGAAGGUAGAAUAUUUUUGCCAGAUUGCAAAUGCUUCAGAAAGUUUUAACAACACUUACAAGAUAAGAAAAAUAGCAAACAAAAUAAAAUGCUCACGCCUGAUGAAAAGCAAAAAUAGAUGAAUGGUUAAGGUUACUUCCCACCUUCACAAGCCGAUAAAAUCGUUUUUUCUUUUAUCUGACUAACUUGAAGUCAGAAAUUUUCCCUGACGUCUACAAAAAAAUUUGAAAAUACCUCAAAAAGCGUCCAAGUUAUUUAGAAAAACGUAGCUUCAAAUGAGUUACUUUAUCAGAAAGGAGUCAUAAUCUCGUAAAUGGGCGAAUUCCCUGAGGAAAGUUUUCGCGGCAACAGCUCAUCUCAGAGUUCGUAUUUCUUUCAUUAUUUAAGUACCAGCCUUGAUACAAUAAUAUCAACAAUCGCCUCGAAUCGUUAUUCUUAAAUCAUAAAAAACCUACCCAAGGAAAGUCAUUUUAGCAAUAAGGGUAUUCCUUAAGCUGUCUGUCGAUUUGUUGUCUUAGUUUUCGGUACAUUUUCCGGCUCUACCCUUUUUUCUGCGGGUUUUUCCUUUGCCUUUGGCAACUUUGCCUAUUAUUGUGUCGUCCUCCUCAACGCUCCACCAAGCGAGAUUGAAAAAAAGUGUGCGCAAUGCAAUACUUUUCCCGUCCUGGCGUACCACUUGAUGAAAAUAUGUCUUGGUGUGCCAAUUAACGAAAAUUUACCCAAUUGGUCCAACUGGGCCAAGUGACCCAACUGACUCAACUGACCCAACUGACCCAAAUGAAUAAAAAAUUACGACGUCUGGAAAUUAGGAAUGAAGUCGUUGUCAGGGGAGAUGGAAAUUGUUUUUACCAGACUGUUGCUCUCUAGAAGCAUAAAACAAGCGAUGAAAAUCAAGAGGAAAUCCCCUGGUCAUAUGGUAGUUUGUUUGAGAAAAAUCCAAAGGUUUUUCAGCUGCAACUUUUCUCCUUGAACUCUUAGGAAGAUCUUGUUAUAAAAAAGCAAGAUAACGCGAACUCCGGCAGAAACUGUGGCAUCAAUUCAGUUGUGCAUCACUCCUUAGCGACCUAGUCUUACCUACUCAUCGUCUCAGAAGAAAGGUUUAAGUUUUUAGCCAAUUAUCAACGCUGAUUCGUUUUCAUUGAUCACAAAAAAGAAGUAAUGUUGGUGUUUAAUCACUUGAAUGUACCACGGUUAUAUUGAAUGUUCAAGCACACCAUUUCAAUCUUCAGCUGCCUCGAGGUAGCUGUUGUAGCUAGCGAUCUUUUGUAUUACUAAGCAGAGAAAAAAGCUGGAAGUAGACUUAACAGAUGUCAAACAGAAAAAGAAAAAAUAAAGACUGAGAAGGCUUUGUCAAGUUAUUGCUUGGCGAUUUAUGGCUUGCAUUUCUGAAUUUCGAGGCCAUUUAAACCUUGCGUUUAAAGUAUUUACUCUAUUGUUGAUUGAUGCCUUGAGAAUAAGAUUAUGCAGCCAUUCUGCUCUUGCUGCGGCAUUCGAUACGCGAAAGGUUCGAUAAAUUAAUUUUUUAUCGUAGACUGAUGUUAUUAUACUUUCUUCUAACAUCUAGUUUGCUAAGAUUUUGUAGAAUAUUACACGGGUACGAAUUUCUUCUGAUGGACGCCCGUAAAGGUGGGAAGUAACCUUAAUAGGUCACUAGUCGACACAGGCAACCGAUUAUUGAGAAAGAUUCUGCUCUUUUAUCACUAAACUGAGCUUAAAGAUUGUAGGCCAUGAAAACUACUCCUUAA